AUGGCGCCUUAUGAAGCGUUGUAUGGUCGGAGGUGCCGUACACCCUUGUGCUGGCAUCAAGAUGGGGAGAACUUGAUGGUUGGGCCUGAAUUAGUUCAGCAAACCACAGAAGAGGUGAAGCGAAUCCAAGAGAAGAUGAGGGUUUCGCAGAGUCGUCAGAAAAGUUAUGCUGACAAUCGCAGGAAGGAGUUGGAGUUUCAAGCUGGAGAUCAUGUCUUCUUGCGGGUUACCCCGAUGACAGGUGUCGGAAGGGCGAUCAAGUCAAAGAAGCUUACUCCAAAGUUUAUCGGACCGUACCAGAUUACGGAGCGUGUUGGACCCGUGGCGUAUAGGAUUGCCUUACCGCCGUUGCUAUCCAACAUACAUGAUGUGUUGCAUGUGUCGCAACUUCGGAGGUAUAUGGCUGAUAAUUCUCAUGUGAUUGAACCUGAUGAUAUUCAGCUGAAAGAUGAUCUAACGAUGGAAAUGCCGCCCAUCAAGAUCGUCGACAAAAGCACCAAACGCUUGAGGAACAAGGGAGUAUCCUUAGUGAAGGUUGUAUGGAAUCAAGCUACGGGCGAUGCGACUUGGGAAUUAGAGGAUAAAAUGCGGGAAUCACAUCCCGAGUUGUUUGUAGACCCUUAAGUUUCGAGGUCGAAACUAUUUUAAGGGGGGGAGUAUUGUAAGACCCGGUGAUUUAUUUAUGUUUUGUAUUAUUGAAGAAUAAUAUAA